AAUUAGACGCCUUAUUCGAAUAUGAUAAUAGAUUAGUGGUAGGAAUGAACGGUGUGUAAACGCAAUAAUACCUUUUUAUUUAUAACAAACAGCUAAUUUGCACAAAAAUGGAGGUCAAAUUUGAGUAAAACACACCAAAAUACAAAAAAUUAAACCCUAUUCUCAUACAAAAGUAACCAACCUACCUAACCUACAAGAAGCAGGAGGAAAGGAGGAGACAACUGACUCCAAAGUGAGGAGUAUAACCUCAGGUAAACAUGAUGGGAACCUGCAGACAGCCAAUGGGCGAAUAUUAACCCAGGUAUAUAAUGUACAUACAGUACUGUACAGAUAUACAAAUGUAAGCCUUUAAGGGUAAAAUUAUCAUUUCGGUCAUCUACCUAACCUAAACCUAACCCACUGGAUGACCGAAACAAUACUAUCCACUUAAAUAUAUUUGUCUCAGAAUAGCUCACCAAAGCCAUCAUAUACUGUAGCACAUCAACCUUAAGUAAACAUGAAAAUAAAAGAGAGACACAAAAGGAGAGGUGUAAACAUCCAUUGACUGUUCUGAGGUUUUGGUACAAAUUUUUUUUUUUUUGUAGUUUUUUUGGUAUGUUUUAUUAAAAUUUGACCUCCAUUUCAUGUGCAAAUUAGCAGUUUUUGCAAAAAAAUAACAGUUACAUUUUUCAGAGAUACUGCUAAUUUGCAAAUAAAUGGAAGUCAGAUUUGAGUAAAACCCCCAUAAACACACACACACACACACACAACAACAACAACAACAACAAUUCUCAUACCAAAGGAACCAACCUACUUAACCUAACCUAACCUACAAGGAGGAGGAGGAAAGGUGGAGACAAGUGACUUAGUAAGAAAUAUAGCCUCAGGUAAACAUGGCAGGUACCUGCGGACAGCCAGUGGACGAAUAUUAACCAGGAGAGGGAAUAGAUUACUUUCACAUUAUAAAUACUGUACAUUAUUUGCUAAUUUGGGUAAUAUUUUAAUGUUGCUCACCAAAAUCAACAAGGAUCAUCUAGUUUUGGGUAAUACUACUGUAUACCAAGUGAAAAAUCUUAAUAGAAGUAAGCUUCGUAAUACUGUAUUAUAUUACAGGAAAUUUCCAUGCAAGAUAUGUUGAUGAAAAACAAACUGACCCUAACCAACCUACCUGCGAAUAUUGACGACUAACCCAUCAACUCGUUAUUUGUUUUGAUGCUUAUAUUCUUACUAUGUUUUCAUCAAAGUUAGGUAAAUAUUUGUUUAAUGGCUAUGGUUAUGUUAGGUUAAGUUUCAACAGUGUUUUAUUCAAAUCUGACCUGCAAAAACACACCUAAAUAUACCAAAAAACCCUGUGCUCAUAAAAAAAAGUCACAGCCAUUAAACAAAUUUUUACUGUGAGUUCUGAUAUAAUUUUUUUUUAUUUCUUCCUCUGGUAGAUAAUUAGCCGACUUGGCGCGCACUACUUUGUCUUUCUUGUCCAAUCACCUCUGAUUGACGUCAGUCGCCAGGCUGGAGUAGAAGAAAAUUCAACUUUGGUCCACCUCAAGAAAAUGGAAGAAACUACAGGGGAAUGUACAAACAUGGAGGAGGCCAAAUCAACUUCCGAGAAGGUUGGAGAAGAGAAAACUUCCCCAAAAGAUGUAAGACAACGCAAGAAACUUCUCAUAUCCAAGAUAAUGGCACAGAUGGAAUUCUACUUCAGCGCUCCUAAUAUUAGUAAAGAUUCAUUUAUGAAAAGUCUGCUUGAGAGUGGACCAUACAUUAACUUAGACACAUUCUUCAAAUUCAACCGAAUUCUAUCUCUAACAGAUGAUAUGAACUUGUUAAAAAAGGCUGUAAAGAAAUCAUCCAUAUUGGAACUUUCUGAGGAUGGGCUGAGAGUAAAGAGGAAGUUUGAAGUUGAACUGAAGGAGAAAGAAAUGGAAUGUACAAUUUAUGUUGAAAACAUUCCACCUCACGGGGAUCAUGAUUGGGUACGCCAAGUUUUUGCACAGUAUGGAGUCAUUGAUUACAUAUCCCUUCCCCAUUAUCGACGCUCAGGCAGGCCUAAAGGAUUUGCAUUUGUUGAGUUUAAGACCCCUGAAAUGGCCAAUUCAGCACUAGAGGCAUUUGGUACUUUAGAAUGUAGAAUUCCAACAAACAUUCAUCCUUCACAGUUGCAGAGUAUCAAAACUUAUGAGGGAACUAUGGAUGAAGACCCAUUAAACAUAGAUGUAGAGGACACACCAGGUAAUUUUAGUUGUGAUGUGAAGCCGGGGAUGAUUAAAGAUGGUGACUGUGGGGGAUCAAAGAUUGAAAUUGAAAAUGAGAGAGAGGGGAAGUUGGAUGAUGUUGGUAUUGAGGGAGCAGACAGUACUAAGAGGAAACUGGAACAUGAGAACAGUACUGUGCCUGAAGAAAACAUUCAAUCUGCCAAAAAGCAAAAGUUGGAUGUUAAUAUUGAUAAACCUGAUCAGGUGACCAGUACAGAACCUGCUGAAGGAAAUUCUGCUAUUGAAGAGAUGCCAUCUGUAAGUAACAAGAAGAGUAAGAAAAGAAAGCGAAAGCGAAAUAAGAAAGAAAAGGAGGAGGUACUGGAGAGUAUGUAUUUAAGGGUAAUGUCAAAGGCAGAUUGGAAGUGGUUAAGAAAUCAGUAUCUAAACACACAAAAAGAAAAUAUGAAAUCUUUGAAGAGGCUACUGCUAGGCAGAGACAAUUCCCAAAAUGUUGAAUAUUCUGACUAUUGUAAUCCAAAUUUUAUUAGAAUAUCAAAAGAAUGCAAAAGUGAUCAGAAACCAAAUACUAAAGCAGUAGAGAAUCUUUCACAGAAGAGUCAGAGCUCAAAGCCACAGUUUAUUCCAAAUGCAAUAAUAAAAAUCAGUUUUGAGGAGCCACCUCCAGACCCUAAAAAACUUAAGGAUACUAUCCGUGAAGGUGGUGGUGGUGGAGUAGCAUAUGUGGAUGUUAGUGCUACAGAGAGAGAUGUCUUUGUCAGAUUUUUAUCUGAGGAGGCAGCUACCACAUACAAGAAGACUGGAUGUUGGAGCCGCAUGGAAGUUUUAUCUGGGGCCGAAGAGGAAGAGUAUUGGGAUCGCAUCAUCACUUGUUGGUCUCAGCAAAGAGGAAGAAAGAACAAACAGAAUGGGAAGAGCAGUCACAACUAUCCUAAUCAAGUACGGGGUAGAGAAAAGUUACUCCAGAAAGCUGUUAGAGAAGCACAAACUACUAAGGCCAAUUUACAUAUCAUCUUUGAAGAUUAGUUAGAAAAAUUACUUCAAAAUGUGGUUGUAAAACUAAUCAUUGAAAUGGCAUCAUGUGAGUGUGCAGAACUGAACCUUUUAACUCAUUUGGUGUUCCUCAUGCAGUGUCUGUAGACAUUUUAAAGAUUUUCUUCCUACUGUAUAUCCUUAGUGAAUAUUAUUGUUAUUGUCAUAAAAACAGCAGAGGCUAUUUUUGGUCCUGAAUGAUAUCUUCAGUGUUUAGCAGAUUUCACACUUAUGGUAGUGGUGGAAGAUUCAGCAUAUUUUCUUCCUAUUCAAGAAUGUUUUUUAGAUUAACCUUUUCAUCACACAUGCCAAACUCAAUUGUUGUAUAGUAUUGUAAUCACACUCCACAUUAAUGUAUAUGUUCCCUGACACCACUGUCAAUAACAGAUCAUUUAUAGCCUUUUGUAGACUAAGGAAUGUAUAUAUAAAGUCUAGGGGUAACAAUCCAGGCUAAUGUUUUAACAUGGAUGGGAGGCACAAGUAUGAUUAAAUAUUGUAGUACAAUUCUCCUGUGAUAACCCUAGCUGUAAAAGAGGGGUCUGUGAUGUAGAGGUUUACCAAUAAGGCUGAGAGCUAGGCAAGUCUUGGUGUUCCAGCAGCUUGUGCAUGUAGUAGACCUUUCCUUGUUGGUCAUUCUGGAUUUUGAGCAUCAGGUUUAGUCCAGCCUCAUCCAUUGGAAAGAAGGUUAUACAAUGGAUAAUUUUACUUCAUAUCAGAACUAAGUUGUGUUUACACUGUGUAUUUAGUACUGAGGGAUAUAUAUGACUGCUGCAAAGCUCUUGAAUUAUUUUCUUUACUGUAGUAAGGUAAAUUCCGGCCAUUAUUAAAUUGAGAUUGAAAGACUUACUUGUGUUGAGAAUCCAGUUAAUUGUCGAAAUUUUGCCUAAUGGAAGUUGCUCCGUAGUGACAUUUAGGCUUACAGAGGAUGUGCUGUCACUGUCAAUGCAUAGCUUGGGUUGCAACUUGUAGACGUGAUCUGUAAGUGCUGAUGUCUCAUUCUCCUGACUGCUAAAACAUUGUAUUUCCAAGAUCAAUCCUUGGUUUCAGUGUUAAGUGCAGGUUACCCAGAUUUAUUUGUAUCUUUUUUUAUUUACCUAUAUUUAUUAAUUAAGCUAAAGGAAUUGAGUAUUUGUAAAUACCCUGUAUGUUGGCCAGAAGUGCAACAAAGAAGUCUCACUGACUGAUUAAAGAAUACUGUACUAAUUAAGUAUUUGAUAUAGUAUUUUAACUUUAUACAGUAGUUGAAAAAAUAUGUAAUAAGCUGACUUUUGUUGAAAUUUGUCAUAAUGGACUUGAGAUACUCAUUAAAUUUUCUGUAAGGUUCCCAACUGAUCAUUCUGACUACAAUACAAAUUGCUCAUUAAAGUUUCUCAGGCCUCAUUGUCUGAGAUACUGUGUUGUGGAAGUAGAAGUGGGAGGAGUUGAAUGUUGAUGCUGCUUAAACUAAAUGGAUGGAUUAUUUUAGGAAAUACAGGGGCCCCCCAAAUUCGUGGAUUUUUAUUUCAUGGUCCUCUAUUAUUCGCGGAUGACACCCUUGAUGUACCCAAGAAUGUCUGUGGGUAGUUUUAAAUUUGCCGGCAUUUUCGCCGCUGGGAUAGGGAGCCAAUCGUUCUUGAGACAGUUAUUUCCUUUACCUGUAUUGUAAAUGUGUGUGUGUGUACACAAAACACACAAAUAAUAAUAAAUGGAAAAUCCUCUCACAAAUAAUUGAAUCGGCUGCUUGUCCAAUUAACCAGUCUGUUCACA